CGUUUGGGAAGCUGAAGCACCGGGCUCUCUAUGGGCGUCGUUACUGAGGGCAAAGUGAUGAAUUAUUCAUCGCAGUCCUUGCCCUUCCUUGCCUCUCUCUGACUGAGCCCGUGGGUGGGUCACGUGGUGGCGUUUUGUGGUUCCCGUCCCCUGCUCGUUGCGCACACACUUGCCGAACCAACUAUAUCUGGAUUUCAAUAGUAUUCAAGUUACAGUUUCUUUGAUUAAAAUAAGUGACUAUGCAGCGAAGACAGAAAGUAUUACGUACUGGACUACUUCUACUACUUGCUCAGAUUUAUCAAGUUGGGCUUUCCAACAUUCCACCUGUGACACUUGCCACUUUGGCAGUGAACAUUGUUCUCUUUUUGCAACCCCUGGAACGCCUGGACAAAACGUGCAUCAGUGUCACUGAGUGCCUUUACAGAAGAGAUUGGCAUCGUUUGUAUCUUUCAGCCUUUCACCAUGUGGAUGAUUGGCACCUGUAUUUUAAUAUGGUGUCCCUGAUUUGGAAGGGAAUUAAGUUGGAGAGAAGGCUUGGAAGUGUUUGGUUUGGAUAUAUCAUUGCAUUGUUUUCACUGCUAACUGGAGUUGUAUACAUGUUUUUGCAACUUACUCUGGCAGAACUUCUGGGUAAUCCUUCACAUAAGCAGAGCUGUGCUGUUGGCUUUUCAGGAGUAUUAUUUGCUUUGAAAGUCCUUAACAACUAUUACCACCCAGGUGGGUCCAGCAACAUCAUGGGAAUUAGUGUGCCCAAUAGAUACGCUUGUUGGGUGGAACUUAUAGUAAUUCAUUUAUUGAACCCAGGGACUUCUUUUGCAGGGCAUCUGGCUGGUAUUCUUGUUGGGCUAAUGUAUACCACGGGGCCUCUGAAGAAGAUCAUGAAAGCAUGUGCAGGUGGCUUUAUCUCUGUGACUGGCUUUUCAGGACAAAGAAACAGCUACAGUUCGGAGAAUUUUAGAUACUCGGGUUAUCCAUCCCACCCAUCGAGAGACUAUAACGUGUACACUGGUGGACUGAAUGAAGAGGAACAGAUUGAAAGGGCAAUCAGAAACAGUCUAAAUGACAGAGGUUUCCAUUAGUCAAGUUUCAUGCAGACCUGGCAUCUACUUAUAUUGCGGCGUUGUUCUUGCUCAUCUUUGAGAGUCUCUGAGCGAGGGACUGAUGUAAACUGUAACUGUGGGUUCACUGUAGUUAACCAGAAGCUGUAUUCAUUGGUAAAAAAUUGACAUGUUCCUCUCUGACCCUGGCAUUCAAUGAAGGGUGCUGAUCUGAAGUUUUCAAGGCAGCUUCCAGCUGACACGAGAGAUUGUCCACCUCCCUGGUCACCAGAUCCAGUGUGCUGGAAGAAACCAGCAAAAGAGGUAUAAGGUAUGAUGCAUGCCAUUUCAUCCUAUGCCUUUUUACUCAGAAGCAAAUCACACUGAGUUCAAUGAGACUCACUUCAAUAGGAUUGCAUAGUGAACACAAUGUAACGUUCUUACAAGUAAAUCUCUUUUAGAUCGUAGUGCUGGCCAACAGUUUUGGCAGGUAUAAGGUAAGAUUGAUAUUCAAUCACACAGUAGUAGCAUUUUUCUACCACCUUUUUAUGUCUUGUGAAAUACCUGCAAGUGUUUCAGCUUGAAUCUAAUAUCACUAGAUGCUAUAUUUCCCUAUUGCACCAACACUGACUGAAAGAGCAUUCUUAACAAUAUAACGUACAGGCGAUCAAAUAAGGAAUUUCCUCCCCUGAAAAGAAAAAUAUUUUACAUAGCAGAAAGACAGCUAUCAUUAGAACAGUUUCUAGUUUUGCUAUAGCUACUGCCUUGUCCCAUACACAAAUCACCUGCACCCUAAGAUCAGCGGCCCUUCUUGUGUGCCUCUGUAAGCUGAGAUAAAAUAGGGGGGGUGGUUAGAAUUGUAUUUUGUAGUUUUAUAAUUUUUAUUAUAUGCUAUACAUUGCCUACAGAAUGUUAUUGGGCAAUUAAUAAUAAAUGCAUACAAGAUAAGGAACCAUGAUAAUCUGAAAGAGUGAAACAUCUACAAUUAGGAAGUGACAAAUGCAGUUAUCAGGUGAACAAUUUGUGAAUUCUUACUGACAGCACAAUCCUAUGCAUGUCUACUAUGAAGUAAGUCCCAUUAAGGUCAGUUGAACUUACUCCCAGGUGAGCAUGUGUAUAUGAUUACAGGUAUAGUUUUUGUGAUGAACUAACAUGGCGGGUCCAAAUAGUUUUCAAUCUUACCAUUAAAAAUGAGUAGCCUAUCCAAAGACUUCUCCAGUUUGAUGGACAGGGAGGAAUGGAUUGAUCUUGACUAUGAACUGCAACAGCUUGGGCAGGAGCUUCACAUACAGCACAUCUGCUAAUGUAAGGGUGUAUUUCUUCAUCAGAGAGGGGCAUCAUAGGCAAAGGAGCUGCACUUGACAGCCAGUAAGAUUUAUCAUUUCGACUUGCAUAGUAGCAGACCUGAUUGAUAUUGCAAUAGGCAAAGGGCAUAGUGCUGAAUAUAGGAAGACAAGAUCCAGCUAGACCUAGAACAGAUGGGAGGGACACACCAUGAUUUAAUAAUUAUUUAUCCAAAUGACAAAGUUCUUAUUUAAGAAUAGUUCAAGCUAGUCUUGAGUCUUAUCCUACCCCAGAGCUACACAGUUAGGCUUUUUGGUGGGUUUACAUAGGAGGUGUCUGAAAUGAUUGUCACCCAAGGAAAACUGGCUACAGAGACCAUGGUUGGUUUGUGUGUUUUGUGUGUAUCAAGUGUUUUUACUUCCUUUGAGUGUUUAGGUUAUGCAAUCCUCUAGCCUAUGGGAAUUUUGGCAUAUAAACUAAAAUGUUCAACGUGGGGAAGGGCCAUAGCUCAGUGAAAGAGCACACACACUGAAUGCAAAAUGUCCCAGGUUCAAUCCUUGGCCUCUCGAGAUAUGGCUGGAAAACAGUAUUGUGUGAAACUUAACUAUUAUGAAAAGUCUGCAAAUUUGCCAGCUUGAUUCCUAAAAUUCAGCUAAUAGCAUCCUGGGAUUGAAUGACCAAUUCCCUUCAGAGGAAAUAUCAAGGGUUUAUUCUGAUCAUUCCUGUAAUCCUGUACAAAUUCCAAAAUAUUAGUUUGCUUUAAAACAAUUUGUAUUUCUACAGCUGUAACAUCAUUAUUUGAAUGUCCUUUCUGUUUCUUUGUGAAAAUAAUGCUUAACACUAUCAAAAAACAAUUGUAACUUGCAGAUGUGCUCAAGCAUAUAAACUGUUGCAAACAAGCCAAAAAUGAAGUCUGCCUCCUUCACCACAAACAACAAGGAUGCCCUUUGG